GUUGCUGCUGCUGCUGCUGCUGCUGCCUUGGGAAGGGAAGGGGAAGAAGGAGGAGGCAAGGCUCUCCACCAGCCAAAAGGCUUUGGUGCCAAAGGCGCUGGAGGCAGCGAGGGCGCCUUCUUGGGGCUUCUUCUCCCCCCAGAAAGGGGAGCCCCUCAACCCUCCCAGCCCAGGAAGGAGCCCCUGUUGCUGCUGCUGCUGCUUCCCCUCUCCUCCACCUCCUCAGCCGGGCUCCAGCCCUUUGCCAUGGGUUGCAGCAGCAGCAGGAGGCGCCCUCAGACGGAGCACAGCAGCAGCCCCAGCCCCUGAGAAGGAGCCCCCAGGAAGCAGGAGGAGGAGGAUGGCCACCUCCAGCAACUCCAGCUUGUCGGGCUCUUCGGUGUCCUCUGAUGCUGAAGAAUAUCAACCUCCAAUAUGGAAAUCAUACUUAUAUCAGUUACAACAAGAAGCGCCUCGUCCCAAGAGGAUAAUUUGUCCUCGAGAGGUGGAGAACAGACCAAAAUACUAUGGCAGAGAGUUUCAUGGGAUCAUUUCUCGUGAGCAGGCAGAUGAAUUACUUGGUGGUGUAGAAGGAGCAUAUAUUCUCAGAGAAAGCCAACGACAACCUGGAUGCUAUACUCUAGCUCUUAGAUUUGGUAAUCAGACCUUAAACUACAGGCUUUUUUAUGAUGGGAAGCACUUUGUAGGGGAGAAGAGGUUCGAAUCCAUCCAUGAUUUGGUUACAGAUGGCUUAAUAACGCUGUAUAUAGAAACCAAAGCAUCUGAAUAUAUUUCCAAAAUGACAACAAAUCCUAUCUAUGAACAUAUUGGAUAUGCCACUUUGCUUAGAGAAAAAGUAUCCCGAAGACUGAGUAGAUCAAAAACUGAAUCAAGAAAAGCUAGUGUAACAACAUGUGAAGAAAAUGCAUCAGUUGAAAAGAUCACAUCUUUGGUCAGGAGAGCAGCGUUAACACAAAAUGACAACCAUUUCAACUAUGAAAAAGCACACAAUUUUAAGGUCCACACAUUCCGAGGUCCACAUUGGUGUGAAUAUUGUGCCAACUUCAUGUGGGGACUCAUUGCUCAGGGAGUGAGAUGUACAGAUUGUGGCUUAAAUGUACAUAAACAGUGUUCAAAAUACGUUCCCAAUGACUGUCAGCCAGACCUCAAGAGGAUCAAACGAGUCUACUGCUGUGACCUGACAACACUAGUGAAAGCUCACAACACACAGAGACCCAUGGUUGUGGAUAUUUGCAUUCGUGAAAUUGAAGCACGAGGCUUGAAGUCAGAAGGGAUUUACAGAGUCUCAGGGUUCACUGAACACAUUGAAGAUGUCAAAAUGGCCUUUGAUCGAGAUGGUGACAAGGUAGAUGUUUCUGCCAAUUUAUAUCCAGACAUCAAUAUUAUUGCUGGAGCAUUAAAGCUGUAUUUCAGAGACUUACCCAUUCCUGUCAUCACCUAUGAUACUUAUUCCAAGUUUAUAGAGGCAGCAAAGCUCUCUAAUCCUGAUGAAAGACUAGAGGCUGUCCAUGAAGUGUUGCUGUUACUUCCUGCUGCCCAUUAUGAGACUCUUCGAUAUCUGAUGAUUCAUCUCAAAAAGAUUACAAUGAAUGAAAAAGAUAAUUUUAUGAAUGCUGAAAAUCUGGGAAUUGUGUUUGGACCCACAUUAAUGAGACCUCCAGAAGAUAGCACCCUUGCUACACUCAAUGACAUGCGGUACCAGAAGUUGAUUGUGCAAAUAUUAAUAGAAAACGAGGAUGUUUUGUUUUAGGCACAGUUUUUAAUUCAUGGCCAUCUGCUGUGAAAAUAUAAGUUUGAAGGGGGAAAAAUUCCCAUUAAAAACAACAUGGGUAGCACUUCAUUUUCUGCAGUUUUGCAGAUGUAUGCCAGAACAUUAAAGGAUAUGUCUCAUAGACAUAUACCAUUUUUUAAAAUUAUGUCGGAGAGAACAAAGGUGAGAAAAAAUUGUCUUGCCUUGUAUCUUUUGCCUUCCUUCCAGUGAGUGUGUGUGUAUGUAUGUAGAAAGUUUGCAGACUGUUCUAUUAUUAACUUAUUAAAGGACACAAACUUUGUAUGCUUAUUUAGAUCACCGAAGCAAAAAAGGUACUUUCAACAUUAUUCUGAAGACACUGUGCUGGCCCAAUUCCUAAGGAUAAGAACUAGGCCAGCACAGCAACUUGCAGAAUGCAGCCAUAUUCUCUAGUCCAGUGAGAACAGGCAAUGUGUAGAAACAGGUUUCACCUUUGAUGCGCAAAUACAGGCACACAGUCAUAUCUACAUACAAGAAGCUCAUGAUCAUUACAUGGAAAUACAUAGAUGCCAUUCAUCUUGUUGAUAUUUAUUUCCAUGUGAUAGCCAUAACAUAGAGCUCCACAUGCACUGGUAUAUUCCAUUAUUUUCAUCUUGCAGAAAAAUAAUACAUUUCAAAUACACCAAUACAUUUGAAAUACACCAAAUUACCAUGGUUCAGAACAUGGUGCCAGUCAGAGCCCCACACAAGAAGAGACUGCCUGGAUUUCUUCUGUGUUCAGCAGAAUUUUCUGAUUCCCAUAUGCAUGGGGAACAUUCCCAUUUGUAGAGAAGAAUCAAAGGUGCUGCGCACACAGGAUGUUUUAUCUUGUCCAAAAUAUUUAGGUUCAGGGUGUUUGUCAGUGUUAGUUGUAUAUGGAUAUACGAUUUCUCUCUAUGUAAGACAUAAUUAUAUAUGUCUAAAGUGAAACAAGACAUGUAUUUAAUAUAUAUAUAUAUGUAUAUAUAUAUAUUACUUUAGUUAGCUACUGGAAGUCAUUUUUAUGUUAGCAAAAUAUAAUUCAAUGCGGUGCAUUGAUGAUUUUUCAUAUAUUUCACUUAAGCAUUAUUGCUAUGGUAUAUUGAAAACAUUCAACACUACAGCAGUAUUAUUCUGACAUACCUCUUUAAUUGCAAAUUCUUUUAAGGCAAAUUCAUUUCUUACUCACAUUUUAACAUUCUUUGGUUUGUGUUAUAUUCUAAGAAUUAUCAGUACGCUUGCUUUUAUAGGUAUGGUAUUCUGGAGGAAAUACCAUAUUAUUUGUAUCUUCCCCUCCAAAAUGAGAGGGGCAAUUAAGGAUUUCGAAAUAGUUUUGACACUAGUAUCAAUUACUAUACAUAACAAAAUAUUUCAAAUAGGAGAUGCCAGGAUAUUGGAUAUUUUCUGGUAUUAUUAAGAUUAGCACUUAUUUGGAUUAUUGUUUUGUUGUUUUGAAAUGCCAAGUUACUUUUACCUUGCUAUUGUAUUUAUAAAAAUAAAAUCUUUAAGUGUUUAAAAUUAAGCAUUUUUCUGCAAUGUCUUCUAGCAAAUUUGUUAAUAAAGGAAAGAGAAUGAGAGAGACAGGCAGAGAGAGAAUGAGAAUUGGUAUAUUACCAAAUUUCAUGGGUUCUUUUCUUUCUUCCCAAAGGUUGACCUCUUAGUCUAAAAUAAUGCAGUUCAUUCUAAUAUUAGUCUUGCUUUCUCAUCAUGAGAUCUUUAUACAGAUGUUUGAAACACAAGAAUGUAGCAUAGUUUAUUACAAAUUUGAAUUUUCAGUAGGAAAAACUCUUCUCUUAAUUGGUGUUAAUCACAAACUUCAAAAUCCGUUUUUACUGUUUCCUGAAUUAUUUCAGGGAUCAUAGAUUUCUAAAGUUUUCUUAAUGUCAGUAAUGUUGAUAGUGGGGAAGACUGAAAACAAAAGGGGGCACAGGAAAUAAUGUAUAUUAGUUAUCCUCUACAUAGGUCACCAAGGGCUAGGUAGGCAAGACCCAGGCUGCGGGCCAGAAGUUAGUGAGGUCUGAUUUGCUGGUACAAUAUUACUAGAGACUCUCAUAAAUUGUACAGAUUUAAUUGUUGUAGGUUAUGUACUAAAUACUUGUCAUAAAAUGGUAUGGAAAUGGUUUUAUUUUGUGAAGUGAAAUAUGCUUUGUAAUUUAUGAUAGUGUAAAAUGGAAAGGAAAAAAAUCCCAUUAAAUGUGUUUUGCGUCCCUGUC